UAAUUCAGAUUUUGAGACGAGAGUAAGAUGGUGCGAUUGUCAUAUCUAAUUAGUUAUCUCUUCUAAAAACUCCUCAUAGUUUCAUGAAAAACAACUCAAACAGUUUUGAUAGCAGCUCUCAAAGUAACAAAUCCUCAAGUGGGUACGGAUCCAAGAAAAGGAACCUCAAAAGAAUAAGAAAGGAUCAAGAUGGCUCCAGAUUUGAAAAUUCGGAUAGUCUCAAAGAAAAAGAAGCUUACAAGAAGUACGAAGGGAUGGAAGAAAUGAAAACCUCCAUACGAAGUGAGCAGAGGAUAGGUUCUGCCAAAACGUCUUAUCCUGAAAUUUCUAGCUUCGAUAAUCAUUUUCAGAGAGAAAAAGAACCAAGUAGUUCGCAAAGAAAAAAAUUUAGGAGGAUGAUCAACAGCGAAGAGGAAGAAGAUCAUCGAUCUAACUCCUCUUCCAAGGUCAAAUAUAAUAGAGUCAAAGUUAAGAAAAUUGAUGAUGAAGAAAUAUAUCAUGAUAUUGUCAGCCUGCUUCAGACUGACGAGAGGGUCAGAUCUAUCAUAAAAAGCGAGAGGUCGAACUACAGGAAAUUAAAAUACGAAUAUAACAAAAAGAGGCAUUUUAUGGGGACUUCUCUGAUUAAUAAUGAUCAGUAUAAAGAAGAAGAGCAGGCGGGAUAUCAUGAAAUAGUUGAUAGCAUGCUCGAAAAAUUUGAAAGUUUACAACUUCAAGGGUUCGAAACGCUGAAAAAGAUGCAUAUCAAAUAUUUAGAAGACAAAAUUAAGAAAGGAGACAAACACGUUGAUUAUGAAACAAUAGAGAGAAUCAAAUUAAUGAAUGUUGACGAAUGGGAGAAAAGUCUAACCGAUAAAGAAAAACGGAAGAUAAAAUAAAAGGAACCAAGACCAGAAGAGGAUCAUAAAAAGGCUACUAGAGUCAGACAUUGGCUUAGUUGAUGAAUUUGAGAUAUAAGCGAGCCUACCAACCAAUCUUUUACUGCUCUAAGACCCAUAAACGGACCUCCUAUCGGAGGAGAUCAUCAUAGUCCACCACCUAUUAGCUUCAGUCCUCCUUUUCAUCCCCCAAUCCCUCAUCAUUACCCUCCAGUGCCUGACUUUGAUCGUAAUGAUAAUUUUGGGAUGCAGUUCAAAGAAGCUUUUCAUGACCCUCACAAGCCUUUCUUCAAUAAGGGAAUGCCACAUGUAAUAUUAGAUGAAUGAAGCUACUCCAUUGACAAGAAGAAAGUCGAUUUUAUAUCUGAAAAGAUUCAUAAGUACUACGAUGAGAUACCUGAAGAAAUCAGAGAAAGCAUUUCGUUUGAAAAAGAAACAGAGAAACUAAGAGAUUCUACUGAGAGUUCUUCUCGUAAUAGAAGAGAGUCUCCUCAAUACAACUUUGACCUUCUCAACGAGAUGAGUGCCAAGAUAAAAUCGUGUGAUGAUAUAUCUAUUGAAGAUCUGCAGCUGCUCAUCUUCUUAGUCCAAUUAACCAUCAGUGAUAUGAAGAGUGUGGGCAGAGGAGGCAAAGGAUAUUCUCUUCAAGCAUAUGAACUUCGAAGGAGAGGGUUCAAAGUGAAUCCAAAAGAGCUCUUAGACUUCUUAGAAAAAUGAAGGAAUCGCUAAAUUAUAUCUCUUGUCAAUCCAAGACAUACAAUUCUAUCUUCUCAAGAUUAAGUCUCUUGCUCAGUUUGUGGGCUAGGGACUUUAUAGAGGGGAGGAGUUGCGUCAACUUUUGAUACAUAUAAACUUUCUGUUAAGAUAAUUAAC